AUUUCAAAAUGAAAAACUGCAACGGAAAGGAAGAGAGGAUGGUGAAUUUGAAUGAAAAUUUAAAAAAGGAUACAAAUAUGGAACGGACCGAUACAAUAAGGAAAUCUGCGAAACGUAAACCACCAGUUAUUCGACAAACUUUAACUAGCAUGUACAGAUUCGCAAAAGCAAAUCCUUUAUUAUUUGUAGAAGAUGCGACAGUCAACAAAAUUUCGAUGAAAAACACAGAUUUAAGUACAGCUAAAUUUCCGAAGCCUGUUUCAAAACCUUCCAAAGGAAUCAAACCUACUACUGUAAAUAAUAACCUUCCAUCUAAAGCGAACGCUGAAAAAACAAAAUCUAGUCUUAAGCAACCAGUGAAACCUUUUACAAUAAACACACAACUCAAAAAACCCAACGGAGAUGUUCUACGACCUACAAAAGGUGUCGGCCAGAAGGUGAGGUUUGCCGACAGGCUUAAGCGAAGAUCUCGUUCGGCCGACAGUUACGACCAACACUCGGCGGUCAGCUGUAAGCAAAUGGCCAGCACAAGUUCCUUGACGAGCGUUCACAAGAAUGACGAUCUAAAAAACCUAUCCCCAAUUGCUCACGAACGCAAAGUAAAGUUUCGAACACCGGUACGACAGAGCCAAAACUUUACAAGUAACACGCCGUUCCUCAAAAGACACUCCACUCCCUACGCCCAUAACGCCGGCCACCAUUCGGUGAGCGAUCUGCAAGAGAGAUUAAAGGAGUGGAUGCGUAAACGAAAAAUUAGUUCCAAUAAUUUUCAUCAUUUGAAGUGUUUCGGUCUUCACAAGAAACAUCUCGAGGGCGGAGAUGACGAUAAGGAAAAUGUCGAGACUGAUCCCGUACGUACGAGCUACGACGAUUUGCGAAUUGAUACGCCCAUUGCUGUGUACACGAAGUCCGAGGAUUUGAAGACCGUUGUGCAGAAUUGCUUGGAGGAUCUGCAUAAGCUAAUUUUGGAAGGUUACAGUGUGGAGCAGAGCGAGGCGUGGCUGAAUGUAAUAAGGGACAAAUAUUGCUAUUUGGACAAUGAGCCGCAAUAUUGGGAAUGCAGGGCUGCCAUUGAACAAAAUCGCAAUAAUCUAACGUCCGCCGUCGAAUGCCUUCGUAUAGCAAUCGUGCAAGGAGCCGAGGUGCAAUCAAUUGACCAUUCCUUGGAGAAACUACUGCAAAAGUUCAGCUUGCUGAACAUAAACACGCCGAAGGAUAAUCACGCUCCGAACGAACGUGACAGAAUCGUAAAGGAUGCGAGGAACGUGUUCAAAUCGAGCAUUAUACAGUUUGCGAUUCAAGAGAGAACCAUGAAAAGAAAUUUAGCUAAUGCCGACAAUGAAAAAAAGUAUAGAGCGACACCAGUGAGACGCAGUACAAGAUUGACGCCAUCACGGUAUCGAUCCACGCCAAAAGUUAAAAUAUGUUCUUCCCUUCGAGAAUUGGACGACAGUGUUCGAUCGAAUAUUGAUUUUCACGGUAACACUGAAUUGAGUGUUAGAUUUUCCAUGGCGGAAAAAGCUAAUUAAUGUUUUUUUUUUAAUAACGAACAAUGUGAUCUUUAUCUCAUUGCUGCAGUCUAAUUAAGAAAGUUUACAUUUUUAUAUAUACUUAAUAGAUUCACCUGAAUUGUAUACCAAAAUUAGGAAUACUAUUUUUUAUU